AUGGUCAAACUAAUAGCGGUUGGCGGUGCUGAAAGCGCAAGGCACAAGGAAGAAUCCGACGACGAAGAAGAUCUCGAACCUACCAUGGAGCGUGACGAUGGUGUUAGAAGAAGGAAUUCACGAAACGAAGAAGUUGCUUAUGUCGACAAAUCCAGUUCCAGAGCAGAAAAAUUAAAUUUGCAGGCUACAAAACUUAUGAGAUUUCUCAAUAUAAAGAAAGAUGACAGGAUUCAAAAUGAAAACAAAGAAGAUGUACAUGAAAGGGAUCUCAUCAUGAUGGCAAAAUUUGAGACAACAAAAAAAUGCUUGAGACAAGGAACAAAAAGCUCCAUGUGGUACUUGGACAGUGGAUGCUCAAGACACAUAACUGGAGAUCCAACAAAGUUCAUAAGCAUAUCUUACAAGACUUCUGGUCAUGUCACAUACGGUGACAACAACAAAGGAAAGAUCAUCGGUAUAGGUCAAAUAAAAACUCCUUCUUCUUAUAAAACUAAAAAUGUACUUCUUGUUGAAGGGUUAAAGCAUAAUCUACUAAGUAUCAGUUAG